UACUAUGUUUCCUUUCCGUUCUGCUUUUCCAUUGCGCUUUUUCUUCUACGUGGGACUGCACCCUUUAUGUAUUUUAUCCUCUAUGACAUUUGAGUAGUAUUAACGUUUCUCUUAUUUGAAAAAGUCAAGACUCAAGACUGUUGUAUUAUCUUUCACAUUCACAUUUCUUCAAAUUGCUGCGACUAUGUCGGAGAUUAAAGAUGAUCCGCGAGAAGUUCUCGUUCUUCUGAAUUCAUUAGGAUUCGUCGGCAUUACUGCGAUUCAACUAAAAGCGUUUAUGAAAGAUUUGAAAAUAUAUAGAAAGGUAAAAGAACGCGAAAGGCAGCAACGGAAAGAAGAAAUCAAAACAAAAAUAAUUAGCAAACAACAGGCUCUGCUCAAGGAAGUUUAUAGACAUCGCAACACAGCAGAUUGUUCCUCGAGUAAUAUCAUUCCUUCUGAAUCUUCAAAUUCCCUCGACGAUGAGUCAGUGGUAAAAGUUAGAAUAAGGUGUAUUCCUAAGGAGGAAGAUGUACAAAAACAAAAACGUUCCAAAGCAACUGCGAUAAAAUCAGAUGAGAAAGUGUCAAAAGCAAAGUAUGACGAGGAAGAUGCUAUUCAAGUAGCUGAAUCUGAUAGGAUUCAUUGCGAACGAAAUUAUUUUAAUACUAAAUCUUGUCCUGUUAUCAGAAGUUCAAACAACGAAAGCAAACAAAAUAUUUCUAAAUGUUUAGUAAAAAAUGAUCGUUUAACAGAAAGAUGGAAACAAAAUUUAAGAAUAGAGGAACAUAUGAAACCAGUGACUUUAGUACAAGAACAUUCAGCGAGUGCACCUGUUUUGUCGAAUCAAAUAAGUCGAUCAGAAUCAAAGAGUAUUACAUCUGAUCCGACUGGAAACAUGCGCGCGCAAAGUACCUUAUCUGCAAGAUCAUCAGUUAAUUUUGCACAUAAAUCAUUUAUUCGGCCAUGGAGAUUGCAGUCGGAGGCACAGAAAAAUAUUACUAACAAGAAAUGUGACCCUGUUGCCCUUUACCAAAAGUACCAACAAGAAUGGAAGCAGAUAUCUUUUCCUGGAGAAGCAAAGCACUCGAAAGUAAGAUGGGCUGUACGGGAAAAAAUGCUUGGUACAGACCCACAUCCCGUGCCACUUUCCCAAAAAUCGAUGACAUACAUGCCGAUAUUAAAGAGGAAGUGAUGAUGUGUGAUAACGAGUUGAUCUUAGGAGGAAGAAAUGUACACGUCUAUGAAAAAUUGAUUCGAUACACAUAAC